AUGAUAUUUUCGAGGUAUUUUAUUCCUAUUAUACUCACACUUUUAACAUCAUCACCAUUAUUUGUCGAUGCUGAUCCAAAUAUGGAAGAAUUAGAAGGAACUUGGUCGUCAAAAUCAAAUACAGUAUUUACUGGACCAGGAUUUUAUGAUCCUGUAGAAGAAUUAUUAAUUGAACCGGAUUUACCAGGGAUUUGUUAUUCAUUUACUAAAGAUGGUCAUUAUGAAGAAGCAUUAUAUCGAGUUAAACCAAAUCCUAAAAAUCAUUCAUGUGCUGUAGCAUCAGUUACUUAUCAACAUGGUAAAUAUGAAUUAUUAUCCAAUGGAUCAUUAGUGUUAACUCCAAUUGCUGUUGAUGGUAGACAAUUAUUAAGUGAUCCUUGUAAUUCAGAAGAUCCUUCUAAAUCAACUUAUACAAGAUAUGUUCAAUCUACUUGGUUUAAAACUUACCAAGUAUAUGUUGAUUCUUAUCAUGGAAGAUGGACAUUACAAAUUUAUCAAUUUGAUGGGUCUAAAAUGCAACCAUUAUAUUUGGCUUAUAAGCCACCAGUUAUGUUACCAACAAUAGCAUUAAAUCCAACUGAUGAAGCUUCAGAAACUGCCCUGACUUUAGGUAGUGUGUCUCAUAAAAUUAAAAGAAGUAGAAUGAGAAUUAAACGAUCAUUGGAAAAUCAAUAUAGAACAAAUGCUAAAAGAGAAAUUUAUACUGAAAAAUUUGAUAAAAUUUGGUGGUCUUCAGUUUUUUGUUUAGCUUUAGCAUCAUCAUAUUUCUUUCUUAAAAGAUAA